AUGGUAGCAGUAGCAGAGGUCUUUCUUGGGGCACUCCUUCGGUUUCUGCUGGACAGGUUAUUGACUCCACUCAACUUCCUCGCGGACGGUGUUGGCAAAAAACUGAAGAAAUGGAGUGAAAUGUUGUCUUCAAUUGAACUAGUGCUUCGUGAUGCAGAGAAGAAGCAACUAACGAGCAGUGCAGUAGAGCUGUGGCUGGAUGAUCUCAAAGACUUGGCCUAUGAUAUCGAAGACAUCCUCGACAAGUUUUAUACUGAGAUGUUACGGCGCAAGUUGGAUGAACAACGUGGGGCUACAACAAGUAAGGUACGAAGCCUAAUUCCUAGAUUUGAAGUCCACUUUAAUAUGAACUUCGAAAUAAAGGAGAUUACCAAUCGGCUACAAGCCAUAUCUGAACGAAAAGAUAAACUUGGGUUAAGUUUAGAUGGUAUUGGAUCUUCCUCCACUAAGCCUUGGCCAAGGCCACCAAGUUCAUGUGUUCUGAAUGGAAUGCCUGUUGUUGGAAGAGAUAGUGACAAAGCAAAGAUUGUUGAAUUGUUGUCAAGAAACUAUGAGCCUAAUGCUAUCAAUUUUCAAGUAGUUGCGAUUGUUGGCAUGCCUGGAGUUGGAAAAACAACACUGGCUCAAUAUGUAUUCAAUGAGGAUGAUGUCCUGAAACAGUUUGAUCUUAAGGCAUGGGUAUCCGUGUCUGAUGAAUUCGACGUUGUAAGAGUAACAAAGGCAAUUCUUGAAUCAGUCACGUCCGGACGCUGUGAUUUGGAGGAAUUCAGUAACAUUCAGAACAAUUUGAGCAAAGCAUUGGCAGGAAAAAAGUUUCUGAUUGUUUUAGAUGAUGUCUGGAAUACAUGUGACUAUAAUCUAUGGACAACGCUGCAAUCCCCCUUUUGUGUUGGAGCAUUGGGAAGUAAGAUAAUCGUGACAACACGUGAUGCAGAAGUUCCAAGAAUGAUGAGAUCCACUGAAGUUCACAAUUUGAGCGCAAGGACUCUUGGUGGUCUUUUAGGUUGUAAAGAAAUAAAUGAAUGGGAGGGAAUAUUGAACAACAAAUUGUGGUUUCUAUCUGAUAAGAGUGGAAUUCUCCCAGUAUUGAAAAUUAGCUACCAUUAUCUCCCUUCAACUUUGAAAAGGUGUUUUGCCUAUUGCUCAAUACUUCCAAAUGACUAUGAAUUUGAAGAGACACAGUUGAUCCUUCUAUGGAUGGCAGAAGAUUUGAUUCAGAAAACAGAAGAAAAUGAACAAUUGGAAGACGUAGGCCGUGAGUAUUUUCAAGAGCUUGUGUCUAGGUCAUUAUUUCAAAAAUCAAGCAAACAAGAUUCAAGAUAUGUGAUGCACCACCUCAUUAGUGAUUUGGCACAAAGGGUUUCCGGAGAAACCUGUUUAAGAUUGGAGGAUAUCUUGGACGGUAGAUGGUCUCCGAAGACUCGUCAUUUGUCUUACACUGCUGGUAAAUAUGAUGGAGUCAAAAGAUUUGAGGCGUUUGCUAAAGCAAAAGUUUUGCGGACUUUUCUACCACUUUCAAUUUCACAGGAUCCAUGUAAUUAUUUGACUUGUAGGGUUACUUUUGAGUUAUUGCCAAAGUUGCAGUACUUACGAGUGCUCUCUUUGAAUGGUUAUCGACUAAUCAAGCUGCCGAAUUCAAUUGGUGAGUUGAAGUUUCUCCGAUACCUAGAUCUUUCUCACACGGAAAUAACGAGUUUGCCUCUUUCAAUAAGCACACUUUGCAACUUACAAACGUUGAUAUUAGAGAAUUGUUAUAGUUUGAAGGCACUACCUGCAAACAUGAAGAACCUAAUUAAUCUGCGUCAUCUCAACAAUGCAAACACACCUUCAUUGCAAGGAAUGCCUGCACAACUAGGUCAAUUGACGAAUUUGAAAACAUUGCAUAAUUUUGUGGUGAGCAAAGGUAGCAAGUCGAGUAUAAGAGAGGUAGAGCCCCUAUUGCAUCUCCAGGGGACAUUGCGCCUCUCAAGAUUGCAGAAUGUGAAUGACAUUGAGGAUGUAAAGAGGGGGGACUUAAUUAGCAAGGCCAGGCUUGAUGUAUUGCUACUAGAAUGGAAUGGCUUAGGAGAAAAAGAAUCCGACGUGCUCGACAUGUUACAACCUCAUAGGAAGCUCAAAGUGCUCAGCAUCAAGGGAUACGGUGGUUUGGAAUUUUCAAAAUGGAUUGGACAUCCUUUACUCUCUAGCUUGACAACGGUGUGCUUAGAGGGUUGCAACCAUUGCUGUCUCUUGCCAUCACUUGGACAAUUGCCAUCUCUCAAAAAGCUCUCUAUAAAAGGAUUGUAUGCAGUGGGUCUUGAGUUCUAUGGAAUGGCUAGAUUGCCUUUUCCACUGUUAGAGAUCCUUGAAUUUGAGGAUAUGAAACAUUGGAGGGAGUGGUUUCCAUACGAACAAGAUCAAGAUCAAGGAAUUAGAGUUUUCCUUUGCCUGAAAAUGCUUUCCAUAUCCAAAUGCCCCAAAUUGGAGGGCAGGUUACCCGAGAACCUUGAUUCACUGUCAAAGCUUGUGAUUCGUGGAUGUGAGCAGUUGGUGAUUUCAAUUUCUGACUAUAAACAACUUCAGAAAUUAGAUAUUGAUGAUUGCAAAAGGGUGGUCCAUAUAAAAGUUCAGCUUGAGUUAUUGGAGGCCUUGCAGCUUUCAAGUAUUGCACAGUUCAAACUCCAAAUAAAGGAUUUCAUGGGAGGAUUACCAAAGCUUAAUGAUCUGGUUAUUAGCGGUUGUGAUGAGCUCACAUCUUUAUGGCAGAAUGAAGAUAAAUUGCUCCAUGACCUGAUUUCUCUUCAUUGUUUGGUUAUUGGAGACAACCCUCACCUCCAUCUUGUUCAAAAUCUUGUAUCACUCCAAGAGCUUCACAUAUAUGACUGCCCAAGUCUGAUUUCUUUUCAAGAGUUUCUUUUGCCACCUUUUGUCAAGGAAAUAAAAAUUGAGCGGUGCAGUUCUCUUGUGUAUUUUGCAAGAUACCGAAUACCUCCAAAUCUAAGAAGAAUGGAUAUUAUGUUAUGCGAAAAUUUGAAAUCACUGCUGGAGGAAGAGGAGGUAAAGGGUUCUUCGUCAUCCUCUUCUCCUUACCUGGUGAAAGAAGAGGAAUCUUGUCUUGAGUACUUGAGUAUAGAGGAUUGUCCAUUGCUGACGUCCUUAUCAUUCGAAGACCAUCUUCCCAGGAUGCUUAAACACCUUCGCAUAAGCGAUUGUGAACAGCUAGAGACAAUAACCAAUAGGUUCAAGCAUAACAUUUGCCUUGAAGAAAUUAAGAUCUCGCGUUGUACAAAUCUCAAGUGUUUACCGGAAGGCCUAUGCUACCUCACCAAUCUUCAAGAGUUAGGUAUUUAUGACUGUGCAAGUCUUGUUUUCUUCCCCGAAGGAGGGUUGCCACAAAGCGCUGCCUACCUAAGAGAGAUCGACAUCAGCUACUGCAACAAAUUGAAGGCACUACCCAAAGGCAUACAUGACCUCAACUCUCUUCAGAUAUUGAGCAUUUCUUGUUGCGAAGGUUUCACGCCGUUUCUAGAAGAUGGUUUUCCCCCUAACUUAAUACAGCUUACAAUUUAUAAUCUCAAGAGCUGUAAGGCACUCUUGGACUUGGGGUUGCACAGGCUUACCUCUCUUAGAGAACUGGAAAUUCGCGGCAAAGACCCAGACGUGUUGUUCUUCCCUCCUGAGAAAGAGAUGGUGCUUCCUAAAUCUCUCAUUCGACUUACAAUUCAGGACUUCCCGAAUCUCGUUAAACUCAGCAACGGCUUUCAACUCCUCAACUGUCUUCAAUCUUUUCACAUCGAGGGGUGCCCUAAGCUAGCAUCAAUGGCAGAGGAGAGUCUUCCUCUAUCACUUACACAACUUACUAUCUAUCACUGUCCGCUGCUAGAAGAGAGAUGCAAACCAAGUAAAGGAAGAUAUUGGCCCUCCAUAGCGCACAUCCCUUACAUUCGGAUUCAAGACCACGUGCAUAGAGCAAAUCCAGAUCAUAGCCCACGCCUCCCGUUCUCGUGCUCUCCUUCCAGAUCAGAGGACCAAGCUAGCUAUCAGGAACACAUAACCCUAUUGUUAGAAUUCUUAGUUUCAGCAUUUCAUGUUUUGGAUAUUUUGGGAGCAAAGAAGGAAAAAGCACAAAAGGAUUGA